AUGCGGGGAGUCGAGCACGAUCGGUUGUGGAAUCAGCUGGAGGCCGAAAUCCACCUUCAUCGUCAUAAGACCGUCAUCAGGGCUUGUCGUGGCCGUGGACAAACGAAAGGCUUGGCUUGUCCGAAUACGGCUUGGGAUCGGACGCUCAACGGCAUCGAUUUGCGGACCGUGAAGCAUCAAGAAGCCGUCGAGAUCUUGUCCACUCAGCAAGGCGACCUGGAGCUGGAAUUGGUGUUUGUUUCGCCGGAUGAGGACUCGGAUGACGAUGGCACGGUGAUGAUCGAAGAUGCUGAUGGGACGCUAUUCAACAUGUACAACAACAACAAUCUGAACAGCGUGGCGACGGGCAGCACCGGGGCGGCGAGCAGCGAGCCACAGUCGAGCUCAAGGUCUUCGACGUCUUCUCGACCAAAUUCUGGAGGCCUC